UCUAUCUUUCCCAAACUCUCUCGAUAUCUGUGUUUCCAUCUAAAGGGUGGAGAAGUGUGAGGAAUAGAGGGAUAGAAAGAGGGGAGAGGGAGAACGGGAGAGAGAGGGAGGAAGUAGGAGAGGGAGAAAUGGAGAGGGGGGAGAUUGAUAGCAUCAUGUCAGGACUCAGUAGCGUCCUGUUUCUUUACUCUACAUUAUACCGUUCUUUUGGACGCUGUCCAGCAAACAGGAGUAGCAGCGUGUGAGGGGACAGCUUUCCCUCCCCUGUGGGAAACAGAGUGCGGCUCCUGCCCAGGACACACACACAAACUAAACACACACUCACACAUGUGCUGUGAAGAACACGGUCGACACAGGGAUGCACCAUGAAGUCUCAGCAGAAAUGCAUCGUAAUCUUCGCGUUGGUGUGCUGUUUCGCUGUCCUGGUGGCCUUGAUCUUCUCGGCGGUGGAUGUCUGGGGAGAGGAUGAAGACGGUAUAACAGAAGAGAACUGUAACAAGAACUGCAGGGUAGUGCUUGUGGAGAAUAUUCCAGAAGAUGUCACCUUCUCUGAGAAUAGUACGGCCCACCUCACCCUCUCUGCUGGGCUGCAUAGCCUACUGGACCUGGCCGUGGCUGGUCGUUCUGUGGAGAUUGUGUCACCACAAUGGAACCUGAACUCCUCUGACAAUGAAUCAAGCUUCCUACCAUCUUCUAGGCAGGGUCAGGCUUUGCUGCAAAGACUGCAGGGGCUGAAGAAGAAGGGAAUCAAUUUGAAGAUAGCUAGUGGAAUUAUCGACUCUGUAGAGCUCAAGAGCCUCUCUCGUCUGAGUGAGGUGCACUACAUUAACAUGACUGCCCUGACCAAAGGCUUCCUGCACUCUUCUUUCUGGGUGGUGGACAGGAAGCACAUCUACAUCGGCAGUGCCACCAUGGACUGGCGAUCACUGUCCACGAUGAAAGAACUGGGGAUCAUCAUCUACAACUGUAGUUGUCUGGCACUGGACCUGCACAGGGUAUUCAACCUCUACUGGCAGCUGCAGUAUAAGGACUUUGUACCGUCCAUCUGGUCCAAGAGGCUGAGUGCCCUGUGGAACAAAGAUGAAAACCUCCCACUUCUCUUCAACAACACCAAGGCUGAAGUCUUUCUCUCUAGCUCUCCAGAUGUCUUCUGCCCUAAAGACAGGACCAGAGACCUCGACGCCAUAUCCUAUGUGAUCCAAAAGGCCAAGAAGUUCAUCUACAUAUCCAUUACAGACUACCUGCCUCUCACUAACAGGAAUUCUCACAGAUACUGGUCAAGUAUAGAUGGGAUGCUUCGGGAGGCCUUGAUCCUGAGAAACAUCAAAGUGCGUCUGUUAGUAAGCUGCUGGGAGCAGACACACCCCCUGACCUUUAACUUUGUGUGGUCCCUGAAGACCUUGUGUAUGGAGCUCCCUAACUGUUCACUGGAGGCUAAGUUCUUCAGCACCAGGGAAAAGAGAGAUGGCACGCUACAGGGAAUCAACCAUAACAGAUUCAUAGUGACAGACAGUGCUGUGUACAUAGGCGAGUUUACUUCCAUGAGUUUCAGAUGACUAAUAUGUAUUCUU